AUGGCUGAUACUAAGCACAUCGAAAGCGGCACCGUCAUCGCUGCAGACACCAGCAAAGAGGCCGUUGUCAACAGCGAGGGCGUAUUUCCAGAGAAGGGCGCUGCUGAGAACCGAGACUAUGCUGGUGCUGUUGCAAAGACUGAUCCAGUUGAGAUCCGCCUGGUGCGGAAGCUGGAUUAUCGGAUCAUGCCAAUCCUGGUCGUCAUGUACUUCCUCAAUUAUAUCGACAGAAACACUCUCGCCCAAGCACGGCUGGACGACGUCGAAAAGGAGCUGGGCAUGGAGGGAGAAUUCCAGUUUAACACCACCAUCUCCAUCCUCUUCGUCGGUUAUGUUUUGAUGCAGAUUCCCAGCAAUAUGUUGAUUACAAGAGUCUCGCCAAGUAUGUAUAUGAGCAGCUGGAUGGUGGUCUGGUCAAUCGUUUCAGCAUGCACUUCAUUGGUCCAGUCCUACGCUGGUAUGGUCGUGUGUCGCUUUUUGCUGGGUGUGACCGAGGCGCCAUUCUAUCCCGGGGCAACAUAUCUUCUGGCCAUCUUUUAUACUAGGAAAGAGGUCGCUUCUCGAAUAGCUGUCCUGUACUGUGCCCAGAUCCUCGCAACAGGGUUCGCCGGCCUGAUUGCUGCAGGAGUCUUCAAAGGCAUGGACGAUGCGCGGGGCCUGUCCGGAUGGAGAUGGCUGUUUAUCAUCGAGGGCUGCAUCACCACCGCAGUCGCACUGAUAGGCUUCUGGCUCCUACCAGAUACGCCCCUUACUACCCGCUGGCUCAAACCCGAUGAACGUCAACUCGCCCAUGCCAGAAUCGAACGGGACAAGAUGGGCCAGAUGGGCGAAGAGAGCUCUGUAAUGGAAGGCCUGCGCCAGGCAGCCAAGGACAAACGAACAUGGAUUUUCAGUCUGAUGCAGAAUUUCCACCUGGCUGCUUGCGGCUUCAAUAGCUAUUUCCCAACCGUCGUGAGAACUCUUGGGUUCCCCAAAACUGAAACCCUCCUCCUAACCUGUCCCCCCUUCAUCUUCGCCGCCUGCUCCGCAAUCUUCAUGGGCUGGUCCUCCGGCCACUACCACGAGCGCACCUGGCACAUAACCAUUGGCCUUUUCGUUGCCGUCGUGGGCUUCGUCAUCGCCUGUACAACCUUGAACACUGCAGGGCGCUAUAUCGCCUGCUUCAUAUUCCCCGUAGGUGCCUACUCAGUCAAUUCCGUGAUUAUCGGGUGGGUGUCGUCGACGUUGUCACAGACGCGGGAGAAGCGGGCGGUUGUGUUGGCUAUGCAUAAUGUCGCGGGGCAGAUUGGGUAUAUAUAUGGUGCGUAUAUAUGGCCGAAUUAUGAUAAGCCGAGGUUUGCCAUUGGCUUUGGGGUUUCGGCUGGGCUUGCGUUGGGGGCCAUUGGGUGUGCGUGGUGGAUGAGAGUGAUUUUGCAGAAGGAGAACAGGAGGUUGAAGGAGAGCGGCGGGGGUGAUGAGAUUAAUUAUUAUGGGUAUUGA